AAAUGUAGUGGCGGGAGCGGGAGUGGCCAUGUUGCUGGGGCUGGUCACAGGGAUGGUAGGCCUCAGGUACCUUCCCAGGAGGUCUAAGGAGGCAGGCAACACAACCGUCGGUGGAACCGUUGGCGUCUCUUCAACCGACGGCAAUUUCUUACCUCUGUCGUCCACCGACGUUGCCACUGUCAACUUUACAGAACAUGUUACCGACGAACCCAAUCGGAAUUCUUCGAUUUUCCAGGAAAACAAUGACACAGAGGUCAGCCUUGUAUUGGAUGAGUCAAAUCGAAAUUAUUCAAUGUCAACAAACUUGACUGAAGAUGAUUUAGAUUAUGACAAGAUGGGUCAAGAGAUGCUCACAGAAGCUACGACGAUACUCGACACAGGGAUCUGGGACUUUGAGAGACGCACUGAGGAUGGAGAUGCCAUCUUUAGCAGACAGUUGGACAAUGGGAACAUGGUGUACCGGCUGACUGGUAUAGUGGAUAUGCCACCACAAGAUCUCUUAGUCAUAAUCUGGGAUGGGCUACCAGACUACCCCAAGUGGAAUCCCUCUCUUUUGGAAUGCAGAGUUCUUGAGAAAAUAAAUGACCAAACAGACAUAUCAUACACAGUGUCAGCCCCAGGUGCCCGAGGCUAUGUAGCUAGUCGUGAUUUUGUAAGUUUGCGUCACUGGGAACUACGACAUAACACUUACAUAGCAGCAAGCAAGUCCAUUGACUUCUCCAGAGCUCCAUCCAACCCUGAAUAUAUUAGAGGUAAAAACGGUCCAGGAUGUAUGGAGUUACGUCCUCUCAGCAGCGAUCCGUCCAAGACUGAAUUUCGUUGGCUUCUAAAUACUAAGCUCAAUGGGUGGAUUCCUUCCUACAUUGCAGAUAAGGCAUACAAGAAGUUUAUGACAAAAUACAUGAUCUUUCUGCGAGAAUACUGCAAAAUUAUAAAACAAAGAACUACAGACUUCACAAUAUCCACGACAACAACCAAAAAUAUAACGGUUUAAAUUUCAUCCAUUUAGUUAAUUUAUCAAUACACGAAAAGUGUUCGUCCCAAUUUAUCAAUAUUCAAAGUACAUUAUUUUACUUUAUGUAUAUUUGAAAUCUCAGAUUUGUCUUUCUUUGUAAAAUUUAGAUAAGGGAUGAAAGUCAAAUCCCAAAAAUCUGAUCAUAUUAAAAUUGAAUAACAGGUAAAUCCAAUCGAUCUUCAAAAGUUGUUUUUAGAUAUAACAAAUACAUUAUGUUUUUUAUA